AUGGGGAACUGAGGGGGGACGACUUCUCCAAACUUUCCCAGUGUUUUGUCCUUCAGCGUUUGGACGUGCGCGGUUGCAGCUCCCCUUCUCCUCAUAGUUUCAUUGGAGUUAAACUUUGGGCCGCCCGGAAUGUUCAGGUUAAAAUGUGGGUGCCAGUUGUAAACAAACAGACUAGUCUUAAUUAUUUUCUUCUCAUUUGAUUUACCUAGUGAAUCAUCACAUUUCUUUGGAAGAGGAAGUUUACGCUGUGUCUAUUUCCUCUGUAUGUAUGUAUAUUUACAUCUGCUGUUUACUUUAUGGAUAUUUCACACGUGCAGUGUAAAUGAUCGGCAGUUCGGGAUUCAGAAAUUUCACGAAUGUUUCAGAAUUUUUCACGAAAUGAAGGCUAGAAUGUGCUGCACUGCACUGCGGAAUCUUCUCCAAGGGCUGAGCUUCAGUGCCAAGUACUACUCCAAGCAUAACCCUCCUCAAACAGUGUGUCCUUUCAGUAAAAUUGGACCAAAAAAGUGCCACAUCCUGGGCUGUUCAAAAAGCACAUGCACCCACAGGACUGCACCACCUGGAAGCAUCCUGCCAUGCAGAUUCUUUUCCUGCAAGCAGGAAGGAUCAAAAGUCCUUUCCAAAAGGAAGCAAAAAACGUCCAAAGUAACUUCAGACCUUUUGCCCAAGAGCCUUCUGAAAUCAGAGCAAAAAAAAUGGAAUAACAUUUCACCAAUAUACGAAGCUAUGACAAAGAGGAUCAAAGAAAAACUGGAAGAAUUGCACAACAUGUAUACACUCAAUUCAAGAAACCCAAGGAUAAGGUUUGGAGAGAAUGUGUACUUUGAAGAGAAUGGCUGCAUAUUUAUUGCAAAAGCAGAUGAUGGUGAAGGAAAUGCUAAGAUUUUAUUCAGUGUUGAAGAUCUUGGCUUUUCUGAUGCCUUUAUUCAACGGAUCAGAAUUUCACCAGAUCAGAGAUACAUGGCCAUCAGCUUAAAAAGUGAAAAUUCUGAAGAGGCAACCUGUACUAUUAUGAAACUUGGUGAUCUUCCUGUAGUGGAAAAAGUAAUUCCAAGUGUAUUUAGCUUUGAAUGGGCUGCAAAUGAUGUUUUGUAUUACACAGCUCAGAAGAACCUUAAAUGCCAGAAUGUAUUCAUGACCACUUUCACUUACCAGAAACGUACUAAGUUAGUUUAUACAGAACAAGAUGCAAGAUUCUUUGUAGACCUUUAUUGCACAAAAGACAGGCAUUUUCUCACUAUCAACAGCAACAGCAAGACAACCUCAGAAGUUUGGCUGGUUGACUGCAGACAUCCCUUUGAGUCACCUGCUCUUGUACAAGCACGAACCACGGGGCUCAUUUACCACAUUGAGCACAGGAAGGACCAGUUGUACAUUCUUACUACAUAUGGAGAACCUGCAGAAUAUAAGUUGAUGAAGGCACCAGUAGCUUCCAGUGGCAAGGAGAACUGGCAGUUAGUUUAUGCACUGGAAAGGAAAACUAAGCUAGUAGACUUUGAGAUGUUCAGUGAUGACUGUAUUAUGUUCCUGAAGAACGCUGGUCAUCUUUACUUAAAUGUGAUUUCUUUUGUUUCACACUCAGUUCAGUCGAUAAAGCUACCUACGUGGGCCUGUGAAUUUGAAUUGGAAUCUCAUCCUGAACAUAGCACCAGCACCUGCUAUUUUCAGCUCUCCUCCCCAGUACACCCCCCUAAGCGUUUUGCAUAUUCAUUUAAAGAAAAUAAUCUCAUUGAGCAAGCUGUGCAAGAGGUACCAAUUAUUACAAAUUGUCACACUACACGUUUACUAGCUAAAAGCAAGGAUGAAACUUUGGUGCCAAUUACAGUUUUUCAUAAUAAGAAUUCUAAAGAACUACACAGGAGACCACUUCUAGUUCAUGUAUAUGGAGCUUAUGGCAUAGAUUUGAACAUGAGCUUUAAAGAAGAGAAGCUGAUGUUAAUUGAAGAGGGUUGGAUAUUAGCAUAUUGCCAUGUUAGGGGUGGAGGAGAGCAGGGCCUUAGCUGGCACAGAGAUGGAUGUCAGCAUAAUAAACUCAAAGGUCUCCAUGACCUCAGGGCUUGCAUCACGCUGCUGCACCAAGUGGGAUUUUCUCAGCCCAAGCACACAGCCCUGGCAGCUGCCAGUGCUGGGGGAGUUCUCGCUGGAGCCCUGUGCAACACUGACCCAGCCCUGCUCAGAGCUAUGGUUUUACAGGCUCCUUUCGUAGAUGUUCUAAAUACAAUGAUGAAAACUCAUCUCCCACUGACAAUUGAGGAACAAGAAGAAUGGGGAAAUCCAUUAGAAGAUGAAAAAUGUAUGAAGUAUAUCAAAAGCUAUUGCCCAUACCAGAAUAUUAAGCCACAGUGCUAUCCAUCAGUUUUUAUCACGGCGUAUGAAAAUGACGAACGGGUACCACUAACAGGAAUUUUACAGUAUGUUCAGAAACUCAGAAAGGCUGCACUAGAUCAUGCCAGCAGAACAAGUAAGAAAGGAAAUUGGAUUCCUAAUAUCAUCCUAGAUGUCCAGGCAGAUGGCAGUCAUUGUGAUUCAUCCUGGGAGCACUCACUGAAUGAGGUUGCAAGACACCUUGCUUUUCUGAACAGAGAACUUCAGGAAGUGUGCCAUCCCCAACAUCACAGCAAAUCCUGCAAAUAACUCCCAAACACACUGACCAUCUGGGAAACUUACGGUCAGAUUUGGAUUAGUACAGAAAGCAAACACCUUCUCCAGAGGAUCUCUCCUCUCGGAUCCCUGCUUUAUGGGCACAAGCACACAGAGCUGGGUGUGGCACUGCCUUACAAAAAUACAGACCAAGAACUGGAAUUCUGCCCUGCCAGGCUGUGCAGAAGCAGCUGCCAGCAGAAAUGAGUUUGUGCAGCAGCUCUGUUCACGUGAGCCAGCAGAGCAGCAGCACACAGAGCCCCACAGGAGAGCCACAGGCACUUGGCACAGGCAGCCUUCCUGUCCAAGGCACAUCUCACACAAGGCAGCAGAACUCCUCCAAAGCAUCUGACAUUCAAGUCUCACUGCUUCCAGGACUAAUCCCCAUAUGUAGGUGAUGGGGGUUGCUGCCCUCUCUCUCUGCACAGCAGCCAUGGUGUACUGACCAUGUGGUGGGACUGACCAAACUGCAAAGAAAAGCACUCUCAAGAACAGGAAUUUUAGCAGAACUCUGAUCUGAAUACAUUAAAAAUCUUUCAGUCCCUUACCUAGCAUGGUAAUCUUAAGAAGGAGGUGCCACAUCUCUCAGGAGGACUAAAUCAAUGUGUAAGAAGAUGCUGGAGUAUCUCCAGAGGGUAAAACAAAAAGAAUGCCCCCACUAGAGUAGCCUGAUUCAUAGCUUAGCUGCCCUCUGAGCAAGGCACGAAUCUGCUGUGCUUUGCUUGUUAAAAGAGAUGUGUGGUGCACACCCAGGGCCACAUCAGCCUCUGCAGGUGCAGCAAAUGCAAAUCAGAGCACCUGUACUGACAUUCAGUAGGGUUGGUUCAGCUGCUUCCUCUGAACUAAAGUACACACCCCUCACCUCAGCCUUAGGGCAGGAAAAGAAAUAAGAGAAUGCAAACAUAUUCUAACUCAGCAGGGAAGGGGAGAAUCAACUGGAAAUGCAGUUAUGAGUGUGGAAUUAAAUAUUAGCUACAUUUUGUUCUUUUUCUUUCUAACUUUGAGGAUAAUCAGAGCUAUUAGAUUUGACAGAAGAGGUGAAACAUUACAACAAUAUACACUAGUCCUGCUUGUGUUCACCUGUUUUAACAAAUACAGAGCCACCCUUUGGAAUAAUUUUUACAAAUCUGCAGACUUCUAAAAAGUUACAAUGAACUGCCACAGGCUUGGGAUUCCACAGGAGCACUUACAGACUACCAACCUCCAGGGUCAGCAGCCAGAAAGCAGCUGUUCUCUCUCCUCCCAAAAAUACAUGCAUAACAGGACAGUUUUUAGAACAUGUUUACUUUUCUUCUCCACACAUCCUAAGGGGGAGUUGAUACCAUUCUUUUUCCUUUUCAUCACAAAUACAGAUACAAGACAAUUAUGUAUCUGAUUUUUCAGGACAUUUAUUCUGUACACAAAUAACGUGUUAAAAGCUGAAGAAAAUGGAGUAUUUUUAGCAUUUCCCUGAAGCUAAAUAUCUUCUAAAUUAACAUGAAAGCACAGGUAUUCUACUCCUCUACUUAACAGUUCACAUAGAGUAAAUUGAGGGCCUUGGAAUAACAAGCUUUUUCUGCCACAAAACAUUUCCCUUGAAAAGCUUCCAUAGUAUGAACAGGCUUUGCUGUUGUAUAUUCUAGGACCAGGCCUUCUCCCAUUUCAGUUUUAAUAAGUUUGGUAUUGACCACUUUACCAGCAUUGCUAAAAUGAGUACUGAGUCUUACUACAGCUUCAGAGGGAAGGUUAGGAACUCUGGCCUGCAGGUCUGUUGUUGCCUCCUGGCCGAAGUUGAGCACCAUCAUGAAGACUCUGUCCAGCCCAUCCAGCUCCCUGACGUACACGAACACGUUACUGUCAUUCCAGACGUGGCACAUCCACCCUCGGUUCAUGGGGAGCUCCUCGUUCCGCAGCUGAGUCAGCGCUCUGUACAGAGCCAGGCUUGAGUUGGACCAGGAGCUCUGCAUCUGCAAGAGUCAGCACCAGCAGGGUCAGCUCCUGGCUCUGCAGGGAGGAAACACAGCUCCCUUCUCACACCCACCCAGGCUGCUGGGAACGUGCCUGUCGGAAUUCCGUGCUGACAGUUAUCCCUCUUCAAAUCUGUCUGCAAAUUUCACUGAAAAUCUGCUUUUUCUGUGCGCUUCUUGGCACGUGUGGAGUGGCAGUCACAGAGUUUAUUGAGCAUAACAUUUCCCCAGCACUAAAGCGAUUGCUUCCUCCCCCAGCUUCCUUUCAGUGCUGUUGAUUCAGGAGAAAGCCACAGCCAUUCAAAGCUUGACACUGAAUCUUUUUCAUUGAGUCCAGUCUACUGCAGUCACUGGGUUUAUUUCAUGCUUUAUAUUUCUGCUAUCUUAGCUUUUUUUUUUCUGCCUUCAAUUUUGGGCAGCACUGUAGGUCAGCAAAAUCUGUUUGAUUCACUGCUCUACUUAUGUUAGAGUCAGUCUAUGUCAAGUUCUUGUUACAAAACCAGUGCUUUCUAUAGCAAUAGAAAUGGGGGAAAAGAGACCAGUUUUCAAUUUAAUAUCAAAAGGAUUAAAAGGAUGUUAAAGAGCCAAAUUGCAGCAUCAACAUCAUAAUUGUAGUUACUCUGCUUAAAUGAAUAUAGAUGAAGUAGGCUCCUUGUUGUGCAAGGAUUUCCUUUUCUAAUAAAACUUGUGAGGAUUCAGUGCCUUUUUUUUUCCCUUGAGUUUCUUCCUGCUACCAAUGCUCGCUACUACAAGGAAGCCAGAGCAAAAUAGAUACAUUAAAAUAAUGAAAAUAUUUUGAGACCAUUAGUUUGUUACACAUGUAGAUACCUACUUCCACAUUUACACUUUGGUAGUCGGAGUUAACCGGUAACCAGCUGCUGUUGCCUUCAGUAAAACCAGCAUUAACUUUUCCAUCCCACUGCAUGGGGGAUUUCUCUGGGAGGGUUGCCUAGAAAAUAGAAGUGGUGAUUAGCAUAUUAAAAAUUAUUAUUUGAAUAGCAUGUUCUCACCUCUCCUAAAUUAUCUCUCUUUCAGUAUUGCUUUCUUUGGUUUAAGUUAAAAAUAAUGAGGAUGUAAUUGUGGUCCAAAUCUAAGGAGAAAAUGAACCAAGACAGUUCCUGAAAUGCAGGGGAGGGGAUCAUCUCAGAUACAGCAUUGCUGGGUAAAACGUGGAAUUCCCAAAUGACUCUUACUGGAGUUGCCAUCCUUUGCAACAGAUGGUUGAAUAAAAGUUUACUGAUGACAGCCAAGAUAUUCUGAUAAAUAUCUAGACAUGCAGAGAGUGAAUAUGUGAGGUAAUGAGUCCUUAGAAGAGAUGUCAUUAAAAUAACAGUAAACAACAAGUAA